AUGCCCGAAUCGAUCAAGACUGAAAGCGCCUCUAAUGGCGUCCAUGACAACAAACACAACAAUGCCAGUGGAAGCCUCGAUGCCUCACGGCUUGAAUAUACAUUCACGAACUCCCUGCGCGCGAUCCCAGCCCCAAACUCACCUGAGUUAUGGGCACAGGGUGAAGCUACUGACCACAUGAUCCUGGCACGCUACGACGUCGCGAAGGGUGGAUGGCAGGCACCGGAGCUGGUGCCAUAUGGCCCGCUAACACUCAUGCCGACAGCGUCGACACUACACUAUGCGACCGAGUGCUUCGAGGGUAUGAAGCUAUACCGCGGCAACGAUGGCCGGGCACGUCUCUUCCGGCCGGAGCGUAACGCGAAACGAAUGGUCACGUCGGCCGCGCGCGUGUCGCUGCCCGAAUUCCCCCCAGAUGAGCUCGUCAAGCUUAUCCAUGUACUUGCGGCCAUCGAUGCACCGCGCUGGCUGCCUGCUGACAAGGCUGGCGGCUACCUGUACGUCCGCCCGACAUUCAUCGCAACACAGCCGUCACUGGCUGUCAAGAAGGCCAGCGAAGCGCUGUUGUACGUUAUACUGGUGUGCUUUCCUGCAUUCGACGACCCGGCAGGAAGUCUUGGACCUGGAGGAAACAGCCAGGAGAAACGAGCUGGUCUGCGGCUGCUUGCAUCCGAGGAAGACAUGGUUCGCGCGUGGCCAGGCGGCUUCGGUAACUCCAAGGUCGGUGCCAGCUACGGGCCAUCUAUAGUGGCGAGUGCUGCUGCUGCUGCCAAGGGUUUUGAUCAGAUCUUAUGGUUGUUUGGCAAGGAGGGCUGGGUGACAGAGGCCGGCGCUUGUAACUUCUUCGCCAUUAUGAAAGAGAGGGGGGGGGACAAGGCCCAGCUGAUCACAGCACCACUAGAGGACCAGGUCAUCCUGCCGGGCGUGACGCGCGCCAGCGUGUUGGAGACGGCACAGGAGAUUCUGGCCGGUGAGCUCGAUGUCGUGGAGCGCAAGUUCUCGAUACACGAGCUGAUCGAGGCUGUCAACGAGGACCGCCUGGUGGAAUGUUUUGCGUGUGGUACGGCAUUCUUUAUCGCUCCAAUUGGCGAAAUCCAUUAUAAAGGGCAAUCUAUCGAGGUACCGUUGGGCGAGGACGGUCUCGCAGGUGAGUAUGCCAAAAAGCUCAGGGCGAGGCUGGGAGGAAUCAUGCAUGGCGAUGUGCAACACCCAUGGGGCUAUAAAAUCGAGGAGACGGGCCCGACGAAAAUAAAAUCGUAG